AUGGAGUCAGUUCCAGUCGCUGAAUUCGUUCAUCUAGAUGGUACCACAGUGACGGACAGAGUUAUAGGGAUUGGACGCACCAACAUUGUCAUACAGCGAGGGAGAUACGCCAUCAAAAUUCCGCGUCUGUCGAGAAUCACGCUGAUUGGAGACAUCACCCCUUCGAUAGAUCAGAGCAGGACCCCCCAAGAAGGCGACUACGACUACCAUGCCGACCUGAUUCGAGCCCUGAACACCGAAAAGGACAUCUACCGGAGAAUUGGCCCGCAUGUCGGGGUUACUCCCUGCUACAAUGUCUCAUCGACACACCCCUCGGUUCGAAUGCCACUGAUGGGACAGGACCUUCAACACUAUCUGGCGGACAACAGACCGAACCAAGAACGGCAGCUGGGAUGGUUGAGACGUCUGGCGGACACACUCGCCCAUAUCCACUCUCGCCGCGUGAUCGUGGCCGAUGUUCGUCCCACCAACAUCGUUCUUGACAGCGACUUGAACGUGAAAUUCGUCGACUUUUCAGAGUCUACUCUAAUGCCGCUCGACUGGGAUCUUGAGGGUACCGAUGUGCUUGGUUAUUCGAUUCUGAGCGACAUUGGACAGCUUGGCGCGGUCAUGUUUCAGAUUGUGACGGGCCAAACUUGUAGAUUUCACCUGGAAGAUGCCAACGGUGAUGUGGCUUGGCCGCCACGGGAUAGCCUCCCAUCAACAGACAAUGUCUGGCUUGGGACUGCCAUCGAAAAAUGCUGGACUCAAGGGUUCAGAUCUGCAGGAGAUCUUGCCCGUUACCUGAAGCAUGUGAACGAAGAUGAUUCAGAUGAAACAGACCUGACAUUCGACCAGUGCGCUGCCGUGGAGAAGAAGCCUGUCUUUUAG